AUGAACUAUAUAAUUCUGGGACCGGGUGACUCGGUGUUCGUUCCUGCGGAUAGUAUCCAUGCAUACUUGGAAGGUGAUAUUGUGGAGUGUAUGGCGCGUUCGGACAAUGUUAUCAAUACGGGCUUUUGUCCGGCAGCAGAACGUGACAGCGUGGACUUGUUUGGUCAAGCGUUGACGUUCGUGCCACAUAAUGCGAGGGACGCCCGGUUGCCACGCCAAAAGAGCGAUAAGGGGACGAAUGGCAAGACGGAUGUCUAUGCGCCGCCAAUCAGCGAGUUUAGCAUGUUGUGUACUUGCCUCGGCGCGGGUGAGAAGGAGACGCACAAGUCUAUUCUUGGUCCCAGUCUGAUGAUCGUGACAAAGGGUUGUGGAUCCAUGAAGAUCCCGGGUAAACAAGCGAUUGAAAUGAAAGAGGGAUAUGUCUAUUUUGUUGGACAGGGUGUUGCACUGGACUUCGAAACCGAGAAGGGCAUUGCCUUCUACCGCGCAUAUGCAGAGUGA